AAGAUCUCCAUGAGGUUGAAGACCUGGACUGGUCAUUUUGUGUGAAUUGAGGAGUUUAUUCUCUUAUUAUGGUUCCAGUCUGCAGUGAGAAUCGGGACACAUCAUGAAGUCCCUGCUGCUCCUCAUCUUCACUCUUCAUCGUGCCUCAGCAGCCAACCACUCUCUGGACUACCUCUUCAUUGGCAUCACACCAGGAGCCAGCUUCCCAGAGUUCACUGCUGUUGCUCAGGUGGAUGGAUCUCAAGGCUGGUAUUUUGACAGUAACAGCAGGAACCUAACGGGAGAGUGGCUUAGGAACAAUACAGAUGUACAGCACUGGAAAUUAAUAACAGAAAUGUCAUAUCGUUAUCAGGAGGUCUUCAAAGUCAGUAUAAAUAAAACAAUGCACCUCUUCAAUCACACUGAAGGUAUUCACACAUGGCAGUGGAUGAUUGGCUGUGAAGAGAAUGGAGAUGGAACUAAGAGAGGACACAGCAAAUAUGGUUAUGAUGGAGAAGAUUUCCUCAGUCUGGAUCUGAACACUCUCACCUGGACUGCACCUAAUGAUAAAAAACAGGAGUGGGAGAGUACACCUAAAGCCACAGACCAGAAGUACUUCCUGGAGAACAUCUGUAUCGAGUGGUUAGAGAAGUAUGUGGAGUAUGGCAGAGCCACUCUGGAGAGGAAAGUUCCUCCUGAGGCGUCUCUGUUCCAGAAGGACUCUUCUUCUCCAGUGGUGUGUCAUGCUACAGGUUUCUUCCCCAAAGCAGUGAUGAUCUCCUGGCAGAAGAAUGGAGAGGAUCUGCAUGAGGACGUGGAGCUCAGAGAGACGCUACCCAACCAGGAUGGAACCUUCCAGAAGAGGAGCGUUCUGACCGUCUCACCUGAGGAGCUGAACAGACACAACUACACCUGCAUCAUUCAGCACAGCAGCCUGGAGAAGGAGAUGGUGCUGCAGGUGUCUGGACGCAAAGUUUCAGGUGGAGGUUUUAUUGAUGUCAUCAUUGGUGCAGUAGUGACUGUUCUCAUUAUUGUCAUAAUUGUUGUGUGGAUGAAGAAGAAGAAGCAGCAGUCUGCUUAUCAGCCUCCAGCAGAAAACCUCCAGUGUGACAGAGAUGAAGAAGCAGAUGGUGAAUGAUUCUGAAUCGACUCCUGAGUGAAAAGAUCGGUCAAACACAGCUUACGUUACACAAACAUCUUCAUUAAUUACCUUUAA